GUGUGAUGGUGUCGGGAUGUUUGCUGUUCCACGGCCUGGAAAACUGAUGGAUCCAUGAAUUCUACUCUCUACCAAAAAUCCUGCAGGGAAAUUUGUGGUCAUCAGUCCAUCAUCUGAAGCUCAACCAUGUUUGGUUUAUUCAGCAAGAUAAUGAACCUAAACACAAGAGCAAGGUCACAUCUGAAUGGCUUAAAAGAGACAAAAUGAAGGUUUUGGAACGGCCGAGCCAAAAUUCUGAAUAUGACACCAAAUUCCUCCACAGUGAAGAUUCAACCAAAGGUGGCAAAACAAGUAAUUAAGUUUAGGGGCCAAUUACACAUGGAUAAUAUAUGUUGCAAAUGUUUUUUCCUUCAAUCAGUUCAAAAAGUUCUGUUUUUCCCUCAUGUUUUGCUUCUUUUAAAUUAUGUUGUGUAUGAGGAUCAGAAACCAUUUAGAGUGAAAAAUUGAGGCAAAUAUUUUUUGCAGCACUGUCUGACUAUACUGCAUUUUAACGGAUGUUUUUGAAUUUGUGAAGGAAUAGCUAAACAUUGUGUGCUGUUUUUGUAUUCAGCUAGCAAAGUUUAACUCCAUGUUAAUCUGGCUUGCAUCUGGAGCCUUCCUGUUCUUUAUACUAUACAUCACUUGGGCUUCAGUUACUCCAAAAGCAGAUCUUCAGAUUGGACCUGAGGUGAGACUGAUGAUGUUGGGCACAUCUGGAGCAGGGAAGAGUGCCACUGGAAACACCAUCCUGGGUCGGAAUGCUUUCAGAGCAGAGGCAUCGCCUGUUUCUGUGACUAGAACCUGUCAGAGAUGGACUGAAGUUGUUAGAGGGAGAAAAAUCACUGUCAUUGACACACCUUCCAUUAUGGAGAUGUGGCAGUCAUCUAGCCAAGAGUCAGAGUGUGUCCAAAUGGCUUCUCCUGGACCUCAUGUGUUCCUUCUGGUGAUCAGAGUGGGGAGAUUUACAGAAGAGGAGAGAAAAACAGUGGCAUGGAUUAAAGAGAACUUACAAGAAGAAGCCCUGAUGUCGACCAUGAUACUGUUUACUGGUGGAGAUCUGCUGGAGGGAAAACCAAUGGAGAUGUUUCUUAAUGAAAGUGUGGAGCUCCAGAAGCUUCUUCGCCUCUGUGGAGGCAGAUACCACAUCAUGAACAACAGAGAAACCAGGGACUUCAAACAGGUUUCAGAGUUACUGAACAAGAUAGACAAGAUGACGCAUGACAACAAGAGCAUUUUUAACAGCAGCAGAAUCAGUCUUAAAGAAUGGAGAAGUUCAAGGCUAAAGGAAGAGGAGAGGUGUGUGGAGAAGGAGAGAAAGAUUAGGGAAGAGGAAGAGAGGAAGAGAGGGGAGAUCAGAAAAGGUAUAAGGGAGAUGGAGAAGAAGAGGCGUGAGAUGAAAGUGUGGGAUGUGCGAGAGGAGGAGGAGUGGAAAAGACUGAUUAGGGAAAGAGAGAUUAGAAAGGAAGAAGAGGCGAAGAGGAGGGUGAUAGAGGAAGAACUGGAAAUAUAUAAGAAGAAAAAUUGGUGGAACGUCUUUAUUUGAAAAAGUGCUGGUUUUGCAAAAUAACAAAUAACUGUGCCUAUUUUCAAUGUGAAAAUGAACCUUUUCAGUUCCAGUGAAGAAAUAUUAUGAAUGUUUU